ACAUGAGCUAUGCGAGAUGGACUAAUGUGCCGCAGGCACAAAAGGACGAGUUGAUCGACCGUGUGAGAGGUGACUUCGCGUUAGAUUGGGAUCGAGAGAAUCAUAGACUGACCGUCAGGAAGCAGUUGCGUAAGCAGUUCAAUGCAUUCCACCAUGAAUUACACAAAAAGUAUGAAUCGUACAGUAGUCACGAGGAAGCAUUGGCUGCUGGCAGUACCAUGGUUGACUUGCAAGUCUGGGUUAAGCUGUGUGAGAGGUGGGGAAGUGAGGAAUUCAAGAAAAUUGCAAGACAAAAUCGAGAGAAUAGGAAAGCGCUAACCAUUAACCACACGGCAGGCCGCAAAUCGUUUGUUAGGCUAAUGGAGGAGAAGGUAUAGUCUUUCAAUUGAUUUCAGCCUAGUCAUGUAUUUGCAU